AUGUACAAGGUAUUGGAGUGCAUUAUCCUGGACCGACUCAUUAAACAUCGCGAAGAAACAACGCGCGACGAGCAAGCUGGCUUUCGUCUCGGCCGAUCUACGAUUGAUCAGGUGUUCAUCGUCAAGAGAGUGAUCGAAAUCUGGCAGCGGUAUUCAAAGCCAAUGCAACUAGCGUUUCUGGACUUUGAAGCCGCGUUCGACUCUCCUCACCGAGGCCGUCUUCUCAACGCGCUUCGCGCCGAUGGAGUACCAGGAAAGUUCGUUCGCUUGCUUGAUGACAUGAAUCAACGAACAAGUGCCGCAGUUCGAACACCAGCCGGAUGUACAACACCUUUUGAAGUGGUAACUGGAGUAAGACAAGGGGCGGUGGCAGGACCCUUCCUGUUCAAUUUCGCCAUCGACGACAUUAUGCGAGGAACAGUCGACCACUGUCCUGCCGACAUUGUCUUAGCACCAUCAGGGUGCCCCUUGACUGACCUCGAGUACGCCGACGAUGUUGUUAUAUUCGCGGAAAGCAGUACGAAACUUCAAUAUGUUGUCAACCUUGUAUCGAAGCUGGCUGCAGCCUACGGACUACGCCUACGCCCUGAUAAAUGCAAGCAGAUGUGGAUCUCUUCGAGACCUCGAACGGGAAUCAGGGUGGACGGACAACCGAUAGAACUCAUCGAUGAGUUCUGUUACCUGGGCUGUAUGCUGAAGAACAACGGCAGCUACGAGAGAGAUGUUCAGCAAAGAUGCGCUAAGGCCACUUCUGCAUUUAACUCCUUAACGAAAUGUCUGUGGUCGACCCCCAUCACCAACGAAGUCAAGCUGCGAGUCUACCUAUCCGCAAUUCGUCCAUCAUGA